GUUCUGGCUGAGAAACUUGCCCUGGUUCCCCAUUUCCUGCAGGGUAGAGUUGGAACUCCUUCCUUGGCUCCAAGUAUCUCAUCCCUGGCCUUCGCAUCCUGUCCCUUCCACAGACCCCUUGACUGUCUCCUCGCCUCCCGAAUGAACUUUGCUGCUCCCACUUCUCACCUUUGCGCUGACCCUCCUCUCCUCAGCCUGGCAACUCCUAUACAUCACUGACAACCAGCUGGAAUGGCACUCUCACUGGGGAGACCCUGAGAAUGGUCCCUGGCUUCUUCCUCUGCAGCCCAGUGCUUCGAGGCUGUGGGAACCAGCAGGUUGAGCGGUGAGCAUUGUGUACAGGUCUGCGUCUCCUCUGGCCUGUGAGCUUCUGAGGUAUUUUUGCAUGCCUGAUGCUUUCAACACAGAGCUGGGCACAUUUCUGUUGAACAAAGGAAGCUGGUCUCAUCUUUACACAUGUCAGUCUGCAUUUCUUCCCCAAGAAGGGUUUUUGGGUGAUGGGUAGAAUACCAGGUGGGAGAUUGGACCACCAGCCUCCAGGCUUCAUGAGAGCCAGGCUAUCCUGUGACCUUGGUGCCUGCACUGUGGCCAGUGUGUAUUCAGUCACUGCCUGAAUGAGUACUGUGGUGAGAACCUGUGCUGCAGCCUAGGCGCCAGUCCUUAUUCCAUUACUGCCAAGCUUGGCACAUUGGACAACUUUUUUUAACCCUUCUGAGCCUCUUUCCUCAUCUAUAAACUAGGGAUAAUAAAAGUACUUAUCUCAUAGGGUGGUCAUAGAAUUAAAUUAGCUUAGCCUACCAUCUGACACAUAGCAAGCCCCCAGUCAAUGGUGGUUCGUAUUGUUGUUAAUAAUGAAGUGGAUUGGUUGUCUCUUCCUCGGCACUGCCUACGGAGGUGGCAGCCAUCUCCUCCUCAGCAUCAUGGCUGCCCUCAGACCCCUUGUGAAGCCCAAGAUGGUCAAAAAGAGAACCAAGAAAUUCACCCGGCACCAGUCAGACCGAUAUGUCAAAAUUAAGCGUAACUGGCGGAAACCCAGAGGCAUUGACAACAGGGUUCAUAGAAGAUUCAAGGGCCAGAUCUUGAUGACCAACACUGGUUAUGGAAGCAACAAAAAAACAAAGCACAUGCUGCCCAGUGGCUUCCGGAAGUUCCUGGUCCACAACUUCAAGGAGCUGGAAGUGCUGCUGAUGUGCAACAAAUCUUACUGUGCCGAGAUCACUCACAAUGUUUCCUCCAAGAACCGCAAAGCCAUCGUGGAAAGAGCUGCCCAACUGGCCAUCAGAGUCACCAACCCCAAUGCCAGGCUGCGCAGCAAAGAAAAUGAGUAGACAGCUCAUGUGCACGUUUUCUGUUUAAAUAAAUGUAAAAACUGCCAAAAAUAAUAAUAAUAAUGAA